GGUGAUGAAACAAAUACAAGCUAUCUGCAGGAAUUUCCUAUGGAGCUCCAGCACCCAACAUAAGAGAAGCCCUUUGGUAAGCUGGGAGGAGAUCUGCCUACCCAAAGGCAAUGGGGGACUGGGAAUCAAGAACAUGAAUCACUAGAAUAGAGCCUGUAUUAUGAAGAUGUGUUGGGACAUUGCUAACAAGAAAGAAUCUUUAUGGAUAAAAUGGAUACAUAGUAGAUAUAUCAAACAGGGGGAUUUUUGGGACACAAACUCAAAACCUGGCAACUGCUAUUAUUGGAAGAAAAUUCUGAGAAAUAGAAGAUGGUUUGAGGAUAUGCCAAGAGACAAGAACUAUACAGUGGAGGAUGGAUACAAUUGGCUCAUUGGAGAAAGACAAAAACCUGAAUGGAUAAAACUGGUCUGGAACAGGUACAUUCUACCUAAACAUCAAUACAUAAUGUGGUUGAUUGUUAAGGGCAGAAUCCAAACUAAAGAGAGGCUCAGCAAAUUCUUUCCGGUGGAUACUACUUGUCUAUUGUGUAAAGCUGCGGUUGAAGACAUUAACCAUCUGUUUUGUACUUGUGAUUUUACCAAGCUGGUUAGAGCAGAGAUCAUCAAAAGAUUUGGUGUUUGUUAUUGGGGAGAGACAGUUGGGGACACUGGGAGAAAUAUUUUGCAAACUCCUAAUGGGAAGAAGAGGAAUACACAGGCUGCCCUAUUUGCUGCAGUAAGCUACAAUAUAUGGAGAACUAGGAAUCAUUACUUGCAUAGGAAUGAAGAACCCAUGGUAUCUCAAUGUGCCCAAAAGGCUAUAUACCAAAUAGAGAUAUAUAUGAAGGGGAAAGGAGUAUGUGUUUAGGGCUAUUAUUGAUAUUUGUAGGUGUUGACAAGAUUCUGUAAUUCGUAAUGUGUUGAGUUGUAAAAGGUGGAGGAUGGUCUCUACAAGGUUUUUUAAUGAGAAGUGCAUUUUGUUCAAAAAAAUAUAUGUGAGAAGGUCCACCAUAUACAUUACACAUGUGGACCUUAGGACCACAACAAUACAAUUUUUAGUUGUAA